AGGAGCAAUCGCCGGCGAGGAUCUCCUUUCUCCCGAUCUCUCCAAGCGCGCGCUGGGACGCAGGAUGCUGCCGCUGCUGGGACUUAUCCUGGCGCUUCUCUGCCGGGCUCUGCUGACCGGGGGCUCCUGGGCGGAUCCCGGCCAAGGCGAGGCGGCCGUGCUGAGCUUUCAGCUGCCCGAGCAGCCGGCCAGGGAGGUCAGCCCGUUUUUCCUGUCUCUCACCAUCGAUGCCAACCUAGCCACGGAUCCCAGAUUCAUCACCUUCCUGGGCUCUACGAAACUGCGCACGUUGGCGAGAGGUUUAUCUCCUGGCUUCCUGAGAUUUGGCGGCACCAAGACAGACUUCUUGAUCUUUGAUCCCGAAGAGAAACCAACAGCAGAGGAAGAGAUUUGCCAGAAUUUGCUGGCUAAACAAGAUGCUGCAGAUGUCUGUGGAUUCAGAUCCACGCCUAUGGACGUCAUAGACCAACUGCAGUCUCAGUGGCCUUUCCAGGAAAUGGUCAUCCUCUGGGAGGAAUCCAGGAAGAGGCUCCAAAACACAACCAUUACGCGAAGUACAGUGGAUAUACUGUACGACUUCGCACGCUGCGCCAAUCUGCACCUGAUCUUUGGACUCAACGCUUUGCUGAGGAAAGGCAACCAGUGGGACAGCUCAAACGCCCAGCUGAUUUUGAAUUAUACUGAAUCCCAGAAUUACAACAUGGACUGGGAACUUGGGAAUGAGCCCAACAGCUUCAGGAAGAAGUCUGGCAUUUAUAUCGAUGGCUCCCAGCUAGGACAGGACUUCAUACAACUACGUCAGCUGUUGGACAGCUACAGCAGCUACAGAAAUGCCAAGCUCUACGGGCCUGAUGUAGGUCAACCUCGGAAGCAAACUCAGAAGUUGCUAAGGAGCUUCCUGAAAUCAGGAGGAAAAGUAAUUGAUUCUGUCACAUGGCAUCACUAUUAUUUGAAUGGCAGAACUGCUACCAGAGAGGAUUUCCUGAGCCCAGAUGUGCUGGACACUUUCAUCACAGCUGUACAAGAAGAACUCCAGCUUGUUGAUGACACUGUCCCAGGCAAGAAAGUUUGGCUGGGAGAAACGAGUUCAGCCUACGGAGGGGGUGCUCCUCAGCUGUCCAAUGCGUAUCUUGCUGGUUUUAUGUGGCUGGACAAACUAGGUCUGUCUGCCAAACUGGGCAUUGAUGUGGUGAUGAGACAGGUUUUGUUUGGAGCGGGAAGCUAUCAUCUGGUGAACGCCAGCUUUGAACCAUUGCCAGAUUAUUGGCUUUCUCUGGUAUACAAGAAACUAGUGGGCCCCAAAGUCCUGCACGUCCACCUGUCAGGCGAAGACCCAAGGAGGCUUCGAGUGUAUCUUCACUGUACAAAUGAGCACCACCCGAAGUACAGAGAAGGGGAUAUCACCUUAUUUGCCUUGAACCUUUAUAACAGCACAAAACACUUGGAGUUACCUUCUUCCUUCUCAAGCAAGGAGAUAGAUGAAUAUCUUUUACUGCCUCAUGGAGAAGACAGCAUACUUUCCAAAUCCGUGCAGCUGAAUGGUCAUGUCUUAAAAAUGUUGGAUGAUGAAAUACUUCCCGCUCUCAGGGAAAAGCCUCUUAGUCCAGGAAGCCACCUUGCACUCCCACCUUUUUCAUACGGAUUUUAUGUAAUAAGGAAUGCCAAGGUGAGGGCUUGCAUUUAGCAAGCCAGCUCACGUUCCCAAAAUCGAGUUGAUGGCCAACGUUGUGUCAAGACAUUCGACUGCUUCAGAUAUUCUGGUGGCAGAAACAAAAGCAAGUCAAGAAUGAAGGGGAAUAUCCCUCCAUCCUGGCCCCUGUUUUUAUUUCAACUUUCCACCUGUAACAGUUACUUAAGAACUUUGUUUCAGCCACUGUUUUUCCCAAGAACAAAAGCUCUGCUUAAGGAGGGAUUCCAGUUAGAGGUGCAAAGAGGAUGGAUGAAAGACAGCAAGUUGCG